AUGGCUACUUUAGGAUGGGUAAAGGAAGCAUUUCAAAGUGCAAGGACAGACAAUUUAAUCAAUAGCAGUAACUAUUCCAUUAUUAACAACGUUACGAAAAGCAGGAAUAAUCUCGCCUAUAUGCUACCAUUUAGUAUUUUAACGACCAUAGUGAAUGGUCUGGUUUGUUAUGCAAUUCGAAAAAGAGGCUUAUUGCGAUUGUCAAUUUACAGCUUUAUUUUCAAUAUGUGUAUUUCUGACAUAUUAGCGCCAGUUGCUAUUACAAUUAACAGUUUUAUCAUAAAUGAAAUCCAGUUGCAAAAUAAAUUGUUAUAUGAAAUUAGUUGUAAAUUUUUUAAUUAUGUCCUAACUGUUAGCAUGGCUGUAUCGAUGAUAUCAUUUACAAUUAUGGCCGUCGAUCGAUUUUAUAUUACAGUUUUGCGUAAAAGGCGGAGAUUAUUAUUCAGUAGUAAACGUAGUGUCCGAUUGACCAUUUUCUGCAUCUGGCUCCAUGGUAUUAUUACAAGUAUUCCUGUACUACAAAUUAUGGCAAUGGUCUAUGAACCCAAUCGAGCCUGCGAUAUUAUUUAUGUUGGUGACUAUUACAAUAUUCCUUUUUUUACUUUCUUCUUGAUCAUCAAUUAUUUCAUUCCAGUCCUUAUUACUGCUAUAUUAUAUAUUUUCAUCGUGAUAAGAUUAAAAAUAGCUGUCAUGGCUAGCCUUCCUUAUGGGCGAACCGUUCCACCAGUAAUUUAUGUCAAUAAAAGAAAAGCGAUUAAUACUAUCAAAAUGAUUGCGACUACGACCGUCUUCUAUGUUUUGACCUCUUUCCCAUAUGUUGUUAUUAUGUUGAUACUUUCAGACGCAAAAGUAUCCAUGAUAGAAUUACGACGAAAAGGACCUGUCUAUUCUCUACUUAUAACUCUUGGUUUCCUAAUGUCAGCUUUGUCAUGCAUUGAAAAUGCAAUUGUCUGUGUUGUCAUGAGCAAAGAACUGCGAAAGACUAUCAUCAACAGUCUACGAACUCUAUUUGGUCGAAAAACCGUCCAUUAUCGAAUACAUGUCAAACAGAAAUAA